UUUUGUUACUAUGUAAUUGCUACUGAACAGACGUAGAGAUUCAUAUUUCCUUUUUUUUCUACCCAACAAAUCGUUCAAAUCGGAACCCAUCCGAUAAAGACAAAUCAUAUCCCAAAUAUAGUCUCCUAUUUCUGAUCAAAUUCUUCAACAUAAACAGAGAAGAAGAAACCCCUGCAGCAGUCAGAUACUUCUUUAUCAACUCUACAAUACAAGAAAACCCUUUGUUUUGUUUUGGUGAGGCAAUGGAUAGUAGUAGAUCCGAUAGUGUGAACAGAAACACAAAGAAAAACGAUGGUGAUGAUGAUACCGCCCAAAACGAAGAAGCUUUGUAUUCUGUAGAAAGGAUCUUUGAGUCCAAAGAAGUGCCAUCAUGGCAGGAUCAGUUAACUUUAAGGGCUUUUUGUGUGAGUUUCAUAUUGGGGAUUCUUUUCACUUUCAUUGUAUUGAAAUUGAGUCUCACCACUGGUAUUAUUCCUUCUCUCAAUGUUUCUGCUGGACUUUUGGGCUUCUUUUUCAUCAAAACGUGGACUAAACUUCUCGAGAAAUCUGGAGUUCUUAAGCAACCUUUCACUCGACAAGAAAACACCGUCAUUCAGACCUGUGUUGUUGCUACUUCCGGUAUUGCAUUUAGCGGAGGUUUUGGAAGCUAUCUGUUUGCCAUGAGUGAAGUUGCUGCCAAACAAUCAACUGAAGCUAAUAAUGCAUUCAAUAUCAAGAACCCCUCGUUGGGAUGGAUGAUAGGUUUUCUUUUCGUUGUUAGCUUUCUUGGGCUUUUCUCAGUGGUUCCUCUUCGUAAGAUUAUGAUCAUAGACUUCAAACUGACAUAUCCAAGUGGCACAGCAACUGCUCACCUGAUCAAUAGUUUCCAUACCCCACAAGGAGCUAAGCUAGCAAAGAAACAAGUAAAAGCUCUGGCGAAAUUCUUCUCCUUCAGCUUCUUAUGGGGUUUCUUCCAAUGGUUUUUCACUGCUGGGGAUGACUGUGGAUUUGCGAGUUUUCCCACGUUUGGCCUUAAAGCAUAUGAGAACAAGUUCUAUUUUGAUUUCUCAGCAACAUAUGUUGGUGUAGGGAUGAUAUGUCCUUACCUAAUCAACAUAUCUUUGCUACUUGGAUCUAUCCUUUCUUGGGGUAUAAUGUGGCCCCUGAUUCAGGACAGAAAGGGUCAUUGGUUCCCUGCGGAUGAGAGCCCGAGCAGCCUUCAUGGCUUGCAGGGAUAUAAGGUCUUUAUAGCAAUAGCCAUGAUCCUUGGUGAUGGUCUCUACAAUUUCGUAAAGGUAUUUGGACGAACACUAUAUGGUUUGUAUUUGCAAUUCCGCAGUAAAGAUGAAGGAGCAGUCCUGCCAGUUGGUGCUCGUCCAUCUCCUCCAGAGCCUUCCAUGUCUUUUGAUGACCAACGACGAACAACGCUUUUCCUCAAGGAUCAAAUUCCAACAUGGGUUUCCAUAGUUGGUUAUGUUGGCAUUGCUAUCCUCUCUACUAUAACACUUCCACACAUUUUCCAUCAACUUAAGUGGUACCAUAUCAUUGUGAUUUAUGUUUUUGCACCGGUAUUAGCCUUCUGCAAUGCUUAUGGUUGUGGUCUCACUGACUGGUCUUUGGCAUCCACCUACGGAAAGUUGGCAAUCUUUACAAUUGGUGCAUGGGCUGGGGCUUCUCAUGGAGGGGUUCUUGCUGGACUAGCUGCAUGUGGCGUCAUGAUGAACAUAGUCUCCACUGCAUCUGACCUAACACAGGACUUUAAGACUGGUUAUAUGACAUUAGCUUCCCCACGGUCGAUGUUCAUAAGCCAGAUUAUUGGCACAGCAAUGGGUUGUCUCAUCUCCCCAUGUGUAUUUUGGCUCUUCUACAAGGCAUUCCCUGACUUAGGUACCCAAGGUUCAGCGUAUCCUGCCCCUUACGCCCUGGUGUAUCGUAACAUGUCUAUCAUUGGAGUUGAAGGUUUCUCAGCUCUUCCAAAGAACUGCCUCAUCCUUUGCUGCAUAUUCUUCAUAGGAGCUAUUGUGAUCAAUGGCAUCAGAGAUCUUGUGGGAAAGAACAAGGCAAAGUACAUUCCUCUCCCAAUGGCGAUGGCUAUUCCCUUCUAUCUUGGCUCCUACUUUGCUAUUGACAUGUGUCUCGGGAGCUUGAUAUUGUUCGUUUGGACAAAGAUUAAUAAGGCCAAGGCUGAUGCAUUUGGGCCUGCUGUGGCUUCUGGUCUGAUUUGUGGUGAUGGAAUCUGGACCUUACCCAGUUCAAUACUGGCUUUGGUAGGAGUGAAACCGCCUAUUUGCAUGAAGUUUCUGUCUAGGAAUGCCAACACCAGAGUCGAUAGUUUCUUAAAUUCUUGAACUCCCCCCCAGUAGGUGUUUCUCAUUUUCUUUUGUACUGAUAGUAUUAUCGUCACAUUUGCUAUGAAAUUGUUCGUGUACAUAUCAACUACUUCAAUUGUCGAACUCAAUUGAAACAGGAAUUGCUAUCUGAGUUGCUUCUUCCUUUCCUG